CUUUUCUGGUUUGCCGCGCGAGUAACCCGCGAGCAAACGCGAAGCCGGCGUGGCCACGCCCCCUAGCGUCUCCUUGCUCCCGCCCUCGAAGACUCGUAUGCAAGAUGGCGGCUCCAGGAAGCAACGCAUGGCGCUUCGGAAGCUUUGCUAUGAAGCCAGGGAGUCGGCUUUUUUCUCACAGCCAAAGCGCCGCUGCCCCUCUCACCGCGGAACAGCUGGCGGAGAAAAUUCGUGCACAGAAGCGGGAGAAGGAAAAAACGCCGGAAGUUCCAAAAGAUCCAGUACGGAAGCGUGUAUACCAACUCAUUCAGCUCACCCAACAGCUACAGCGUGUUCAUCCUAAUGUGUUGGCCAAAGCACUCAAACGCGGGAUCCUGUUCCAGAAUAAUGAGAUUGUGGUGAUUAAUAAGCCAUACGGCCUCCCUGUACAUGGUGGUCCUGGAGUUAAAAGUUGUAUCACAGAUGUGCUUCCCAUCCUGGCAAAGAUGUUGGAUGGCAUGAAAGCUAAACCCCUGCACCUUUGUCACCGGCUGGAUAAAGAGACAACGGGUGUGAUGGUGCUGGCACGUGACCAGGACACCGCACAUAGAAUCCAGGAGCUGUUCAGAACCCGACAAGUGGAAAAGAAAUACUGGGCAAUCUGCGUUGGAGUACCAGAUCCAGCAGAUGGGGUGGUGGACAUUCCCAUUAUUGAGAAAAAGGUGGAGGGCCAUCAAUCACACUUCAAAAUGACACUUGCUCCAAACUAUCGCAUUUCCCAAGAGGAUGGGAAGACAUUCAAAGUACGCCAAGAUAGAGGUGCCCAUGUGGCAGUGACCCGCUACCGAGUUCUGAGCAGCGCUUCUUCUUGUUCCCUUCUUGAACUCCAGCCAGUCACAGGAGUGAAACAUCAGCUCAGAGUCCAUUUGGCUUAUGGCUUGAGCUGUCCAGUCCUUGGGGACCACAAGUACUCAAACUGGAGCAAGCUGGCACCACAGAAGCUUCCUGGUAAGGCUCUGAAGCGACUGGGCUUGGAACAGGCCAAAGCCCGUUACCUUCCCCUCCACCUACAUGCCCAUGAGCUGUCCCUGCCGGAUGGAGAGGAGAAAGAGAAGAAAAUCCAUUUAUUCUGCAAACCACCCCGCUUCUACUCUCGCUCCUUAAAAUACUUGAAGUUGGAGUUUCCAGAGGAGGAGAAGUGAGCAAGGCUUUUCCUGGGUAAAUGGCUUUGAUGGACAUUCUCAUGCUUCCCACAAGCUGCAAGGCUUUUGAGACUCUGAGGUGGCCGAACGUGGAGCAGGAGAGAGUCUCCUCUUCCAAAGUGUGCAUCCAACUAGAGAAUCUGGGUACCCAACUGGGGAGACUAGAAGCAGCAGUUCCAGGGCCUGGGGUUUGGACUGGUCAGCAAGGUUAACUUAUCUGAAGAUUCUGGUAUCCAAAUGACUGUCAAGAUUCAUUACUAGUGAACGUCAGGAGGCAUAUGAAACCCAGUCCAACUCAAACUGGUUAUUCUUUUGAAUAAAUAACCUGGCAUGUGCUGAGUGGGUGUAAUCUAAUUGAGGCAGAGAGAAACCAUCAGGAAUUCCAUAUAGUUGCUGAAAGGAUUCCCAAGCUUCCUUCCAGCCUUUCCCUCAGGUCUUUAAGUUAGCUAUGUUUCAUAAGUGCAAAAGGAAACUCUCCUCUCCACCCCACCCCCCCCAAGUGGCAGGAACAAAAGGGCAACCUGAUUUUAAUUAGCUGUAAUGCUCUAAUUCCCUGACGUGGAUGGCCUAGCCCGAUCUCGUCAGCUCUUAAGCAGGGACAGCCCAGGUUAGUGCUUGGAUGAGAGACCACCAAGGAAGAAUGCAGUUAUUAUGCAUGAGCAGGCAAUGGCAAACCACCUCUGUUUGUCUCUUGCCCUGAAAACCGUGCAGGGUUGCUGUAAGUCAGCUGCAGCUGAAGGGCACUUUCCACCAUCAGUACUUCUAAUGCAGCACUGCACAGUUUAUGAUCCUCCAAGCCCGGAAUCCCCAACAUGGUGCCUGCGGGUGCCAUGAUGCUUGUAGGCACCUUUUCUGGCACCCACCAAGUGUUUUUAGGAAGUAAGUGGAAAAUAAGUUUUUAGGAAGCUUUCACUUAGCAAGACCUCUGAUUGACUAUUGGAGAUUCAUUUGACUGUGCAUAUUUUUAAAAAUGUUGCUGCUGCUACCCCACCCACUAUAUUACUGAAAGUUGGGUCAGGGCAAUCAUUUUGUGGCCAGCUCCGCCUCUUGUGGCAGCCAUUUUGUUGCAAUGCUCACCAUGCUGUGUUAGAAUUCCAAAUGUAUCUGCAGACUCAAAAAAGAUUGGGGAUCCCUGUUGUAAGCCCAUCGGUCCGUUAGCUGUGAGGCUCACUAAAUGUUUUGUCCUGCUAGCAAAGAGGGAAGGUUUCCAGCAGCCUCGCAACACUUGAUUCAGAUGGGGUUGGGCUGCUUACAAGGAGGAGCGUGAUUCCCUUCCUGAAACCAUUUUUCUGAUUCAAAUUCCCCCUCCAUGCUGCUAUUUGCCACUGGUGGAAAAUGCAUAGCAAUUCCAACUAGUGGGUUUGAGUUGGAAUACUACUUUCCCCAGUGCCAAUCCUCCCCCCCCCACCCCUCAUAGGCUGCUGGUUACUUUAAAGAACUGAAGGAUUCAGUCAUGGAGCUGCUGCCCUCUUACCUAAAUGCAACCUGAGCUAUGACUUUAAAAAAAUUGAGGCUGUCUCAUAGGUGGCUGGAAUUAGCCUCUGUCGUGCUAACAGUAUUGCUUGUAGUGUGCAAAGGGAUUUUGCUUUUGUGACUGUGUGCCUUACUGUGGACAAGCACAGUUGGCUCUGGAUCUGGAUACACAUGUAGUCUUGUUGGAAGGAGUAUGGCUAACCCAUAUUGAAAGUACGGUUUACAGCCAUAUCUGUCGAUUUGCAAAAUACGUGGAGUAGCUCAAUUAAACUUUGGAUGAAUGGGCUUUUUCUCUUAAUGCAAUAGGGCCCUUGACUGACAAUGGUGUCAUCUCCCACCAUUACUUCAUUAUUGCAUUUUCCUACACACUUGUUGCCAGAAAACAUUAAAAACACCAAAAAUAAAA